CCAUGACUUGGGCAACCCAGUUAUAGCAAACGAUUCGACAGUGCCAGACUAAAAUAAAACAACCCGAAAAAAAAAAAAACCCGAUUACCUGCAGGAACUACAAAACCGAAACGGAAAAAUUACGUGAAACCAGAGAGCGGCGCAACCUGACGUCGUUGGUUUUCCAGAUCCAAACCACUUCCCAAAAGCAGCGCGUCCGGUGCUCCAUCGGCGAUAAUUCUUGGGAACUCCUUCAUCCUCGGGCUUACAUACACACAUUCCUCCCCCCAUGCCUGCCAGGUCCCAGCAGAACCAUAAAACGAAUAAUGCCCGCCACGCGCGUACGACUUCUUGGUCGACUGGCUAUCACCAUCUAAAUACCUCCGGUUCCGGCGAAGCCUCCGACGCUUCCCUCCCUCAACCACCUCGACGUCGCCGCGAGUCCAAUCUCUCCCUCGCCAGCGUCGAAGAGGGCCCCUCCUCCCCGGACUCUACUGCUCCCCACGACCCCGAUGCCCCCGACAUGCUGAGGAACACCUCGAUGGAUCUCGAUCUCGGUGGUCGCAAAAGCCAACAUGUGCGCAGUCGCUCCCAGUCCCACGGCACUCUCCAGAUCCUGGCACUGCACGAGUCCGAACUAAACGCCGCCAAUUCCCUCCCCGUCCCCCUCACGCCGCGCCCAGCUUCAGUGACAUGGAUGUCCCUGCCGCGAAAGGGCCAAUUGGCCCUACUCGGUCUAUGCCGUGUCUUUGAUUUCCUCCAGAUCGCCUCGCUGCAGGCAUACAUGUUCUACCAGCUCAAGUCGUUCGAUGCGAAUCUGUCCGACUCGGACGUUGCGACUCAGGCGGGUAUCCUCCAGGGAGCGUUCACCGCGGCUCAAUUUGCGACGGCGAUUCCGUGGGGUCGUGUUGCGGAUGCGGAAUGGGGUGGUCGUCGCUUUGUGCUGCUGGUCGGCUUGAUGGGGACCGCGGUUUCGUGUUUGGGUGUUGCGUUUGCGACGUCGUUUGCGCAGGCCGUGUUCUGGCGCUCGUUCGGUGGUGCUAUCAAUGGUACCGUUGGUAUUAUUCGGACUAUGAUUGCCGAGAACGUCAAGGAGAAGAAGUAUCAUUCGCGGGCUUUCUUGAUUCUGCCUAUCGGGUUCAAUAUUGCCUCUUUGUUCGGUCCUGUUAUGGGCGGUAUGCUGGCCGAUCCGGUCAAGAGUUAUCCCCGCCUGUUUGGGCCCAACUCGUCCUUUGGCGGCGAGAACGGCAUGCAAUGGCUGGAGAAGUACCCAUAUGCCCUGCCCAUGCUGGCCAACUUUUGCUUCCUGUCUUUCUGCGCAGCCCUGGUUGGCUACGGUUUGGAAGAGACACUGCUUUCUUGCCAGGGUAAACCUGGUCUGGGAGCCUUCGCUAUGAAGCUCUUCGCUCGCAGCGUAAGGACCGUCGUUGGAACCUCUUCACCCAUUUACUCGAGACUUCCCUUCCGCGACUAUGACGAGGAUGGUCCCCUUCUGGGUCGACCUAUGGAUCGAUCCGAGAGCUAUGAGCUGGAGGAGAAGGCCAAGCCUGUUCGUAUCAAGCGCAGCCUGCCUUUCCGCAGAAUCUGGACCAAGAACGUUCUGUGCACUCUCGGGGCACAGGCGUUCUUCGAUUUCCAAAUGGGUGCUUUCAACAAUCUGUGGCUCCUAUUCCUUUCGACUCCCCGCUACGACCCCAAUGACCCGGCCAGUCCCUCCCAGCGCCUGCCCUUUGCCUUUACCGGCGGCUUGGGUAUGCUCCCGCAAAGCGUUGGCUUCGCGACCGCUAUCCUCGGCAUAAUCGGAAUGUUCCUCCAAUUUACAAUCUAUCCCUCCAUCAAUGGCCGUCUGGGCACGGCCAAGAGCUACCAAUACUUCCUUUCCCUCUUCCCACUCGCUUACGCCCUGGCUCCCUACAUCUCUCUUGCACCAUCUUCAACCCCACCUCCCGGCCAGGCCAACGGGCCAUGGGUGUGGUUCUGGAUCAUCAUCGUGCUCUUCCUGCAGGUCACCGCCCGUACCUUCACCCUCCCCACCUCAAUCAUUCUACUCAACAACUGCUCCCCGCACCCGUCAGUCCUCGGCACCAUCCACGGCAUUGGCCAGUCCGUGUCAUCCGCCUUCCGAACCAUCGGUCCCAUCUUCUCGGGUGCCUGGUACGGUUACGGGUUGGAUAUUGGCAUGGUUGGAUUCGCAUGGUGGCUUAUCGCCCUUGUCUCGGUGUUUGGCUGCGUAGCUGCCAUCUUCGUGUACGAGGGUUCUGGCCAUGAGAUCAUGCUGCCUGGUGAGGAAGAUGACUUUGACCAUGGCCACUAGGCAGUGGUGUGAUGUGACACGUUGUUCUCUUGUUUACUGUUUCAUACUGUACAUUGCCUUGGACUCAUUUUGCAUGUCUUUCGGAGUCGGCCUGGUCUGAUUGGGUUUCUUUUUUCUUUUGGUUUCGGGAUCUCCGGUGGUCCUUAUCUUCUGGAGUGACGAACAUCUACAUGAACAUCAACAUCUUCUCCUCCCUUUUGGCUGGCCCUUUCCAGCCUCUGGAGAAGACGAAAAAGAGAAAGAUAGAUCUCGAUCUGUAUAUCGAAUACCUUUCUCUUGUUAGCAUGUUCCACCUGCAUAUUUCAUCUUUCAUUUUGUCUGUCUCGUCUGGAUACCAUUUCCUUUUUGCAUCAUACUUCCACAGCAUUUGUCUCAUUCCAUCAAAUGCCACUGUGGCGUUUCUCUGUUUGCCUGCCAUGUUUCAUAUGUGUUACCCACUGCGCUCUCUUCCCUUCCGGAUCCACUGCCCCUUCCGGGUUUAGUAGGGGAUGAGUUGGAAUGAUUAUAGAGUAUAAAGACUAGGGUUGACGGUUGUCAGCCCGGUCCUGUGUGGUUUUGUAUCAUGAGAUACGUCUUCAUUGGGCGCUGUUGCCUUCUUCUGUGCUAUAUUCCAAAUGCAAUAUCCCGUGCACAAUCCCUCUGAACCUAUUAUCUCUCAGUAUAUAUGAUAAAAUCAUCCUCACUAAU